CAGAUGGACUGCUCCCAACUUAGAAUGACACUAACAGGCAGACCGACUCUUUUUCGAAAUCAGAGUGUCUGAAAACUUAAAGAGGACUCUAAAAUCCACAAAAAAACAACAACAUUGGGGACUCUAAAGGGAAAAGCAGGAGGAUAUCACCAAUAUGGAGGAGUGUGAGAGUCUUGACUCGGAGAUGACAGAGCUGCAGGAGUUUCAGAGCGAUGCUUCGGAGGCCGUCAGCCAGGACGAUGAAGACGAGGUGGAGGAACUGCAGAACAGUCUGCGAGAGGUUGUCCAGGACCAGUCUGUGAAGCCCAAAUUCCAGUGCCUGAUGGUGGAUCCGGCAUUCUCUAUGGUAACUGUUCAGAGCGAGGACAGUGGUAUUGUUUGGGAGACGGCCUCUAGCCGUUGUUCUACCCCAUGGGCCUCUGAGACCAGCUCUAUCUCUGAAGGCUACAGUAUGGAGGGCUCUGGAGCCGCAGGAAAGAUCACCAUAGUCUUUGACGAGGACAAAAUAGUCCGCAGGAGGACGAGGUCUGGAGGAAGAAGCAGCAGGCUGGGGGACAGGCUGAGCCGACCUGGCAGUUCGAGAUCGGCCUCAGCCCUGGGAGUGGAGAGACUGGAGAUGGCAGAGGUCUCUCUGCCCAAUGUCAAACAGGAGAAAACCCAAACAGAGCCGGACUUGGAAGAAAUCAAGAACAAAGAUCAACAGCUGUUUAGUUUGAUUUCAGAGGGUUAUGAGAUUCUCAACAUCAGAGUCCCUUCCAAACUUCCCACUGUAGAUGAGGAAGAGAGCACAGAGCUGCAGGACAAUUUGUCUUAUUUGGACCAGACUCCAAAGAUCAAGUCCCGAAACCACCAUGACUGGAUGCUGCAACAGGAUCAUGUCAAACCAGAAGAGGGGGAAACACUGGAUCAAGAAGAGCCCUCAAAACAAGACUCUUCUCAGCCCCCAGUGGACACAGAGCUCAGUCAGACACCCAAUCAGAAAGAGAGCACCGGUGACAUAGACUACUUUGAGAAGUUUACCCUGGUUGAUGUGGCGGCUCCUGGGGAACAGUCUCCUGAGCUGCAGGAGGAGGCAAAACAGCCUGAAGCAAAGCCCCAAGUAGAGGAGCAAAAGCUGGCUAAGGAGAUAGCCACAGACAGCCCAUCUGCAUCAGAGGAAUCCUUUGUCUUUGUUACAGAUGUAGAGAUUGUCGGGGAACACCUGGAUGAGGUCUUUUACGGAGAAGGAGCUCCUGCUGAUGCACUACAGCGGAAAGAAGACGACGAGGGUAGGAUGAGAAUGAGACGAGAAAGCCAGAGAUCCGUAAAGGAGAAUGGUUCAGUGUUGUUUGGAAGUGAAGAGACCAUCCUCACACCCAUCUAUAUCUCCUCUGGACCUCCCAAGAUCAUCGACCCCAUCUUGCUGGAGGAGCCCACCGCCAUGUCUUUCAUGUACUCAGACCUUUAUGAGGACGCUGUGGGCGAGAGAGGGAAGAGCAUUGGGGAGCAAUCGGAGACUGAGAGCAUGGCAUCUGAGAAGGCUUACAAGAGACGUUUGUCAGAUUCAGAGGAGGCAGACGGGUACCUGGAGAAGUUUAUUUUGAAGGACGAAACUCCCUCAGUGGAGGUUCAACCAGCUGAGGAUGAGAGGGAGGGGAGGAUGAUUUGGUCGCAAAGUAAGUUUGAAAUGACAGGAUGUCUUACAAGGGCAGUCCAAGAAGAAGACAAGGACAAGACAGAGGAACCGAAGACACAGGAGGUCAGUGUUGGGCAUGGCAGUGAGGAUUUACAAUCAGCAAAAUUUGAAAAGAAAAGAGAAGCUACAAAGACAGAAAAGGAGAAGGAGAAACAGCAACCCUCAGUGGUGACUGAAGCCUCGAAAGAAUCAAUUCAGGAGUCUAAACCAAAAGAGGAUCAGAUGGAGGGUCAGGAGGUGAAACAUGAGGUAAAGACGGAGCCUCCUGAGAGCAGCGCUGAUGAACCACUUCCUAUGACUUAUCAGAUGGACAGUAAAUUGGAAAAAACAGAGAAGAGUGAGGAGCAUCAGAGGGGAGUGCCAGAAGAAACAGCUAGCAUUAUUGAAUCUGAUCAGCCAUGUGAGGCACAAACAGCGGUAGAAAAAACAGCUCGGGUGGUUGCAAAUGCUGCAGAGGAGAAAGCUGUGAUCACACCUGUAAGCCGUGAGGAGCCUCACAUCACCACUGAGAUAAGUUUGUCUAAGGAGGAAGCUAUUGACACUAAGGUGGCGGCUGCUGAUGAGAGACUAGAAAUUGAGGCCACAGCUGAAGUGAAAGAACCUGAGACUGAACGACAAGAAUUGCUCCCCUCUGCUGAAAUUGAGACAUCUGCUGAAACAUCUAUGCAUGAGGCAAAGGAAGCAGCAGACGUUGUUCCUGAGGAUGUGUCGCCUGUUGAGGUCAUCACUGAUUGCGAUGCUGCAGUGCACGCAGUGGUGGAGGUGACUGAAAAAGCAGUGGAUGAAAAAGAGAUCCAAACUCAAGUUCAGAUUGAUCUUCAGGAGGUGACAGGUGCUGAGAUGACAGAUGUUCAAAUAGCUUUAGGAGGGGAGGAACAUGAAGCUCUGACAGAGGCAGUUGAGAGCCAGUCGCCUGAUCUUGUUACUGAUCUGGAGUCAGAGGUUAAAGCAGAGAUUUUAGGGGAAGCAGCCAAACCUGUGAUGCCAGAAAAGGUGGAGAUAGAUUCAGAUAAGAAAAAACAUGAAAUUCUUGGAUCUGAGCAGCGUCAAAAAGAGGAGUCAGUAACUGACAGUGAGCUGAUAGCUGAAGACAAAACACCACCAGAGGACACUGGGACUGUUGCUAAGGAGAUGGUGGAUGUAGGUGACGAGUUAAUCCUCCUUGUCCCUAAAGGACAAGCUGUAGAGAUGGACAUAGAGAUCAGUCAGUCCACAGAGGAGACUACAAGUGAUACAGUAGCUCUCUCUGAAUCUGACACUACCUGUGAACCUCUCACAGCACCAGAGGCCACCACAACAUGCCCCGAGACUCUUCAGACACCAUGUGAGGAAACAAUGACAGAGCUUCAACUAGCAGUUAAACCAGAAGUUGUUCUAAAGGAAGAAGCACUACCCAGAAAUGAAUUAGACCAAAGGUGCUUUCCACCAGCACCUGUGGAGGAGGCCGAAACACUACCCAGAAAUGACUUAAUUGAUAGUUACUCUCCGCCAGCACCUGUGGAAGAAACAUUACCCAAAAAUGACUUAGACGAUAGGUGCUCUCUGCCAGCACCCGUGGAAGAAACACUACCCAAAAAUAACCUAGAUGAUAGUUAUUCUCCUGCAGUAUCUGUGGAAGAAACACUACCUAGAGGUGACUUAGACGAUAGGUGCUCUCCACCAGCACAUGUGGAGCAGGCCGACACAGAGGUGCAGAAGAUGGAGUUGGACUUUGAAGAAUACGAGGGUGUCUUUUCUUCUCUGAGGAGCUUUACUCCGAUGGAGGAUUUGUCUGGGCUACACAGACAGGAUACCAAACCAGAGGCAGCAGAUGUAGAGCAAACAGUAGAGAUGCACAAGGUAGAAGAGGCACCUGAGACAAUCAUUGCUAAAGAGGAUGUUAGGCCAGAGGUUGAUCAGCUCAAAGACGAUGCAGAAGAAAAUAUAGAGAUGCAAAAGGUAGAACAAGCUCCAGAGACGAUCAUUGUUAAAGAGGACUCUGGUUUAGAGAUUGAUCUGCACAGGGAGGAUGUAAUACAAAAAAUGGAGCAAGACGAAGCAGUUGAGGAAGCUCCAGAGGUGACUGUGGAGGAGCUUGAAUAUGAGGUCAUAUCUAAACAGGAUGCAAAAGAGAUGCCGAAACCUGAAACACAAAGAGAUGCAGAGGAAGCAAAACCUGUGGCUGGUCAGGAGAGAGACGAGAGGAUGGAGAUGGAGAUGGAGAUGGAGGUGGAGAUGAAGGAGAAGGAGGAGGAAGUCUUUGAUCUGUCACCAGAUGAGGAGCUCAUUGAGGCCGACUAUGACAUCAUCGAUGCAGAGGAGGAGAGUCAGGCCCGACUGGCUGCUGAGCUGCAGGGGAUGGACUGGUUCUGUCUCACCUGUGAAUGUCUGCUGUCAGAGGACGACUGUGUGUCUGGAGAGCAUCAGAGCCACGAUGUCACUGCUGUGGACAAAGCCUAUGAGGAAAUCAAGGAGAAGCUGGGUGACUGGAUCUCAGAGCUUCAGGGGCGGUCAGAGAACAUCGAGGAUCUGGUGUCUGAGCUUGAACUGGCCUACAACUCCGUAGAGGACCAGUGUGUGGAGAGCGAGGCGGCGAUGCAGGUGCAGAACGAGGAGAUGAUGGCUCUGGUGAUGGAGCAGUACAACAACAUGUCUGUCAGCAUGGAGGAGGAGAAGAAGGCCAAGCUGGAGCAGCUUUAUGACCAGAUUGUCUCCUUCCAGGAGAGCAUCGACUCUGCCAAGGCCACUCUGGAGACAACAGCCAGAGAGGCCGACACUGACGCACGGUCACCUGAAGACAUUCAAGCAAGGCUCAAGGCAGCUCUGGACUCAGCCAUGUCACUUGAGCUGGGUCCCAAAGGACUGCUGGUGUUCGAGGACUACGCCAAGGGCAACACUUCCAGCUCUCACCUCGCACAGCGCAAGGGAAUCCCUGUGCCUCAGAAGCCCACGCUGCAGCUUCAGGAGGCGGGCUCCGCCACCAGCACCAGUGUCACGGCUUACUGGAAGGUCAACACUGGGGAUAUCAUAGACUGCUUCCAGGUCUACUGCAUGGAGGAUCCACAAGGAGCUGUGUCAGAGGAGUACCGUGUGACAGUGAAGGAGAGUUACUGUGUCCUGGAGGAGCUGGAGCCAGACAAGACCUACAAGGUUUGGGUGAUGGCUGUCAACUACACAGGCUGCUCUCUGCCCAGCGAGAGGCUCUGCUUCAGAACCGCUCCAUCAGUGCCUGCGAUUGACACAGAGCGCUGUACUGUCCUGUGGGAUUCAGCCACACUGCGGUGGAGUUCAGUGAAUCAGAGUGCAGAGCUGAGUUACACACUGGAGUACUGCCGCCAGUAUGAACUGGAGGGAGAAGGGCUCAAGUCCAUCUCAGGUAUCAAAGGCUGUGAACAGAGGGUCCUCCUGCAGCCCAGUGAGAAUUAUCUGUUUUACAUCAAAGCUGUGAAUGAGUCCGGAGCCAGCGAGCAGAGCGAAGCCGCUCUCAUCUCCACCAAAGGGACGAGGUUCCACCUGCAAAAAGCUUCAGCUCACCCCGCCCUGGAGCUGUCAGUGGACCGGACCACUCUGCAUUACUCUCAGGAUGCACAUGAAAACACACUUUCUUCAGACAAACAGUGUCCGUCCAUCCUGGGUGACUUGUUGCCGGCUCAUGGACAUUACUACUGGGAGACCGCUGUGUCAAGAAGCACAGCUUACAGGCUUGGAGUGGCGUGCAGCACAGCCAAUAGAAACAGGCCACUGGGAGAAAACAGCCUGUCAUGGUGUUUACAGUGUGUCCCGUCACCAUCGGGCUGCAGGUAUCAGCUGCUCCACAAUGAUGUUCAGUCCAGUGUGUUUGUGGUUGAGAUGCCCGAGCGUGUGGGUACUCUCCUGGAUUACCAGCUCGGUCGUCUCUCUUUCUAUAAUGCCCAGAGUGGUCAGUUGUUAGGCUCUUUCUGCCAGCGCUUCACUCAGCCGUGCCACCCGGCUCUGGCGCUGGAGAUGCCGGGCAGCCUGGAGCUCAGCAUGGUGCUGGAGGUGCCUGAGUUCACCAAGGACAGCUAGCUCUGCUGUCAGCCUCACACCCUGAGGAGUUUACAGUUCAUGUUGGACAUAUAUUGAUUUGAAUAAUCUUACCGUAUGAGGAUUGUAAUAAUGACCAUUACUGCAUUACUGAAAAAGCUGCAGAUAUGUCAGGACAUAAAAUACACUUAUAUCCACAGUAAAGGAAACAUACUGGAUCCCAGUCUUCCAGAGAGGCGUCAUUGAUAGGUUUGUGUGUUUUAGCAGAGGUGGGAUCAAGUCAUUGUUUUGCAAGUCACAAGUAAGUCUCAAGUCUUUGCACUCAAGUUCCAAGUCAAGUUGCAAGUCCUAAACUUUGAGUUUCGAGUCCUAAACAAGUCAAAAUUCUCUCUUUACCAAAUUUUAUGCCGCUUUAACAACAGAGUCAUAAUAUAUUACAUUUAGAAAAAGAAGCUUUUUUGUAUUUGUAUUUCUUUGUUAAAACAAGUUUGUUACAACCAGGG